UGUAUCGUAUUAAACAGGGUUUUGGUGUAUAAUUCUCCCAGAAGGAUGAACUCCAAGAAACCUUCAAUCCGCGCAGCGGGGCAGCGCUCCAUUCCUUCAACUUUCCUCUUCCGCCCUUCUAUUCGGUCAAAUGGGAGCAAUAAAGAUGUAGAAAUCAAAAAUCCCAGUGAGAAGUGUCCAAAAAUUUCUCUCUCGGACUUCCUCAACAAAAAAUUGCACAAAAGUUCUGUUCUUUCCGGUUCAGUUCAGAGGAAGGAGAAGCAAUUUCUGUCGCCAGUGGGCAGCAAGGACGCUAUAAGAUUCCCUAAAGAAAAUGGAAAUAGCAAGGAAAAAGAUUGUGCUCUUGAUGUUAUACUUGAAAAGCUUAAGCCAUCUGAUAAAGGGGAAGAACAUGGUGAUAGAGGUAGUGGUUGUGAUGAUGAAGCUGUGAUUUCUAGCACAGAAGAUACGGAAGUAUCAAGGAAGAGAAGAAAUGUGUUUGAAGGUAAUGAUGACGGGCAAUCUGCUCGAAAGGUUCUUGUAGUCUUGGGAGGGGAUUCAAAGAAUAAGCAAAGCAGAAAAGGGAAGAGUCAUGCCACUGUUGAGAAACCAGCUAACUACUUCAAUCAUUAUGCAAAUGGAGGUGGGUGGUGGGAUUAUGGGAAGGAAGGGGUUGACAAUGAAGAAGUGGGAUGCAAUGAAAUGUGGGAAGGAAGGGGAUGUACCACCUUAGGUGGACUUGAUUGGCAUUGAUUUACAUUUGGUCUUAGAUAAACUGCAUAUGAUACCUAUUGUAAGAUAAUUUGACUAAAGUGGUGUCAUUAAAGCAUGGUUUGAACUUGAAAUGUGGUAGAUUUCCACCUGAACUUUCUUGUAUAAUAUUAUCAGAUGAUU